GGGUAGCUUCAUACACAACGCGAAGGAAACGGACCGUGCCUUUCUGAUUGUUUUCAGCAGUCAGAGUUAUCACAGACUGUAAUUAGAGUUUGAUUCCUGCAGACACUUUUAUUUGCGGCUUCAACAAAUCAAGAAGAAGACCUUGAAUAAGAAUGUGGAACGGUUACCCAUUCUCGUGCUGCCGCAAGGCAAGCCUACCGGAUGAAGACUCAUCAACUGGGGCCCAUCGCACUGCUGUAGAGGACAGCGAGACUGGAAGAUCUGGUGAGAGACGUUCACUCAUCUGGCGCUUCAGGCGUUUUAUGGCCAAAAAGAGACAACCCAAAAAUGGCCAAACUGUUGUCACCCACCUAAUCAGUGAGAGCCUGAAGAGUUCCCUGUCCUGUGUUGAUUUAUCUACCUACACACAGGCCACGCAUGAUACUUUUGCAAAGAGGGAAGCACCUGAUGGCUGCGGGUCAGCAAAAUACCAGAUGGUACAGGCAACCACCAGCGAGCUCCUGAGCUGUCUCGGGGAGUUCAUCCAUCCUAGGUGCAAAAAGCUGAAGAAUCUGUCACCUACACAGAUUGCUCUAUGGAUGACAAGCAUAGACAGGCAUCUCUCUAGAUGCGGACAGCUAGUAGGCUUCCUUACCCCGGCCAAUGUAGACUUCCUCUACAUGCUUUGCCGAGAGGUCAUUCCAUCAGAGCUGGACAGUGAGCAGGAACUACACGCAUAUCUGUCAACAUGUCUGUACCUGGCAUUCACAUACAUGGGUAGUGAGACCGGCUACCCACUGAGGCCUUUCCUGGUCGAAAGCUCAAAGGAAACCUUUUGGAGCCGUUGCCUCUAUGUGAUUGACUUGAUGAGCUCAAAGAUGCUGCGCAUCAAUGCUGAUAGACAAUAUUUCAUCCAGAUCUUUGGUGAUCUUAGGACAGGAUAACACAACAAUGGCUUAGGAUCGUCAUGACUUGCUGGUGUUAUAUAAAGAAAAGGUCAUCACACAUCAGAGUUCCAGGCCCCAUCCCCUGACCCGGCAGAGAAGACUGAUGUCCAUUGGUGCUCCAUCUGGCCGCCGGCAAAUCGUGCCGAUAUCGUCUGGAUGUGUACUCGGCCUAAGGCUACUCCAGGCUGAAAGGUGAGUCUUGUAUUUAAAAUGUUCUUUGCAUUUACAAUAAAAAAAAGUUUUUGUUUCUAUAAAA